AUGGCGUUGACGGAAGUCGCUGAAGCCGCAGAGAUACAGGGCGAACGCAAAGGUCAUCUCAGGCGUGCAAUGGAGCGCCUGGUGCGCAAGAAGAUUGCCAUAGUUUGCAUGGCGGUGCUCCUGGUCAUAUAUCUUGCGGGCAUCUUCGCGCCGCUCAUCGCUCCUUAUGAUUACUCCGAGACCGAUUUCACCGCAAUCCGCAAACCGCCAAGCUGGGAACACUGGGCAGGCACCGAUUUUGGCGGGCGUGAUGUGUUCACUCGCGUGCUGUGGGGCAUUCAAAACACGGUCAUCAUUACGCUCGUCGUGAUGGCGACGGGUGGUCUGCUAAUCGGCAUCACUUUGGGGUUGAUAUCAGGGUACUUCAGCAGUAAAGUUGACGGCCUUAUCAUGAGGACGGGGGAGUUGUUUGCCUCAUUCCCGGACAUAUUGCUUGUGAUAAUCCUCGCGUAUGCGCUCAGGCCCAGCCUCACAGCAUGGGCGCGCUGGGUGGAGGAUAACAUCGGCAUAGACGGCAUAGUGCGCUCCGGCGUGGUGGACUAUUUCACGGUGUCGCUGGCGCUGGUCUCCUUUGGCUGGGUAGGUAUGGCACGCCUUGUCAGAGGACAGGUGCUUGUACUCAAGCAGACGCCGUACGUAGAGGCGGCGCGGGCCGCGGGAGCAGGGACCGCUCGCGUGAUGUUCGUUCACCUGCUGCCGAAUGUCAUCAGCAUUAUCGUCGUCAGCGUCUCGGCAGGGAUGGGUGCGCUAAUCGGCACGGAAAUAAUCCUCAGCUGGCUCGGACUUGGGAUACAACCGCCGCGUCCUAGCUUAGGCCAGAUGUUGCUGCAAGCAGGCAGUCUCAGUGCGCUGCGUGAAGUGCCGUGGAUGCUGAUAGCGCCAGGAGCCGUGGCUUGGUCGCUUGUACUUGCGUGGAACCUGCUCGGCGACUCGCUGAAUGAUGUACUUAACCCGCACACCCGAUAG